CUUUUAUACGCUAGCGAAGCGUUGUUGAUCAAAUAAAAGCACUUAUCAUCGUGUGUGCAAAGGUUUACGAUCAGUUCUGACAGACUACAACAACGCAACUGCAAUCUCAGUUAAAUGCCUCACUGAUUAGACGACGGACCGAACUAGCCGCAAUUAGUAUGAAGCAAACCUUUCACUGCAGUUGUUCUAAUUUGAAAAAAUAAUGUCGCCCAUAACACGUUUGGUGGUUCUGCUGCUGGCCAUUGGUGGCGGCAUGCUCUACAAACGUGUAAAUCAGCUGUGGGGCGAUUUACCGGCACCGACGCUGGACCCACAGGAAUGGUGGGGCGAUGAGGCCAAGCCCAAAGACUAUGCCGCCUAUCUGGUCAACAGCUCGGAAGUUGUGGGCAAUCGACUUUUGUACCCGGAGUCAACAAUUGAGGAUCUGACUAAAAGAUUGAAUCGCACGUUGCGACUCACCCCACCACUGGAGGGCGUGGCCUUUGAGUAUGGCUUCAAUAGCGAUUAUUUGCAGGAAGUGGUUGACUAUUGGCGAGACGAUUACAUGCCGCGUUGGCGCUCUCGUGAGGUAUUCCUUUGGCAAUUCAAUCACUACACCACUGAAAUCCAAGGUCUACGCAUGCACUUUUUCAACCUAAUGGUUUACGAUGACAACAAGGUGGGCAAGGCGCAUUAUCCGGUUCUGUUGCUGCACGGCUGGCCGGGAUCAGUGCGUGAGUUCUAUGACCUGAUCCACAUGCUGCACCAAUCCCAUUUGGAUAAGAAUAACAAAUACAUUUUCAAUGUGAUUGUGCCCAGUUUGCCGGGAUAUGCCUGGUCGCAGGGCACUUCUCGCAAGGGAUUGGGUCCCGCUGAAAUGGCUGUAAUGCUACGUAAUCUGAUGCUGCGUCUGGGCUAUAAUAAAUUCUUUAUACAGGGAGGCGACUGGGGCUCUAUAAUUGGUUCGCAUAUAGCCACUCUCUAUCCGGACAAUGUGCUUGGGUAUCACUCAAAUAUGUGCAACAAUCUGAGCCCCAGAUCACAGGUGAAGGGUGUACUUGCCGGGCUAUGGCCUGGUCUGUUUGUGCCCAGCGGCUUUGAGGAUUUCUUCUUCCCUAAAUCGCGCGAAUUCAGCUACUUGAUGGAGGAGAGCGGCUACUUCCACUUGCAGGCCACGAAACCGGACACGAUUGGUGCCACAUUAACCGACAAUCCCGUCGGUCUGGCUGCCUACAUACUUGAGAAGUUCUCCACGUGGACGAAUGCCACAUAUCGCUCGCUGCCCGAUGGCGGACUCAAGAAGCGCUACAAGCUGGACGCACUCCUGGACAAUGUGAUGAUCUACUAUUUAACAAACUCUAUAACAACUUCACAACGCCUCUAUGCGGAGGCAUACAGUAAGGAGCAACUUGAUCUCAAAUUGGAUCGCGUGCCCACCUUGGUGCCCACUGGCUGUGCUCGCUUCAAGGGUGAUGUUAUGCAGUUCCUGGAUCUGCAGCUGCAGGACAAGUACAAAAAUCUAAUACACAGCACCUACUACAGACGUGGUGGUCAUUUUGCCGCCAUGGAGGUGCCCAAGGUUCUCUACAUGGAUUUCAUUGAGUUUGUUAAAAAAGUUGAGCACAAAUAUAAGAUUAAAUCUUUGUAAACUAGUUGCAAAUAAAAUUUGAAUAAUAUAU